AUGGCGUUCAUGGCUUAUAAUCAGACCCAAAAUUGCCACGUGUCAUGGGUGUCGCUAUGGGCCAUAGCGACACCUAAGAAAACUACCCCAAAGUCUAUUUCCGCUCAAUGUCUCCGGUGCCGCCUCGUCCCGGGAUGCCCGCUCCGCCACCGCCUCGCCCCGGCAUGCCACAACCACCUGGAGGUGGUGUUCCAGUACACCUCUUCUUCCCGGCGAGUUUACGCUGCCAUUGCCGGAGAAAACUUGGUUGGUCGUAGCAGCAGUGAGUCCACCUCUUCUUCUUACUCUUCUUCCUCUUCUACUUCCCCGGAUCGUUCUCAUUCCAUUAGUCUUUCUCCGCCGGUGAGCAUAAGCCCCAAAAGAUCACAGCCUAAGUCGCCGGAAAAUACCAUGACCCACCAUUCUCCGUCGCCGACGCUGUCGGCGACGGCGACACACUCGCCAUCCUUGUCCACACUCUCGUCUCCGUCGCCGGUUUUCGGUCAGCACGUGCCUUCGUCGGCAAUGUCGUCGUCGCCGGAGCGGAGGGAAUGCCAGUCUCCGUCGCUCUCGCAACUCUCUCUGUCGCCGAAGAAAAACCCAGAUGGUGAAUCUGGCCCGGGACACGUUGUGCUUGAAAAGACGGAUUCUUUUAGCUCAUCUAAGGAGAAAAACAAAGGUGGGUCGCCGAGACUGUCGAAUGCUUCUUCUAUUGGGAAGUUGUCGGCGUUUUCUCUAUCGUUGCCUGAAAAAGGAAUGAACUUGCAUCACGGGUUGGAUCAGUCUCCGACCAUAUCCGAUGUUUCAGAUCGGUAUCGGCAUUCUCCUCUUUCAUCACAGCCUCUAUGCCGACGUUGA